CAGACACACAACCACCUUUUCCGGUUUUCCCCAUUUCACCCUCUCCGACAAUUCCCAUUUCCUUCUCUUUCCGUUUGUUACCCGACAAAUCCCCUGCACCGUACGGCCCCCUUUCCAUCUCAAGAUCCGUUCUUUCUUCCCAAUUAGCAUCCACCGCCGCCGUCCCGGUUCCCGAGCGAAUUGGUCGGUGUCCUCUCGAUUCGGGGGCGAAUUCGCUGCUUUCGGGGCUUUAGGGUUCUGCAGGCAGCGGUCGGAGUCUUCGAUGCCUUCGUCGACGCCGUCUUACUGGUGCUACCAAUGCAGCCGGUUCGUCGGGAUCUCCUCCCGGGGCUCAAUCACCUGCGCCGACUGCGACAGUGGAUUCAUUGAAUCGAUCGAAGCCCCAAACCUAGGGAUUCAGGGCGAGACUCGCCGCCAGCGAUUGUUCCCAGGGGACGAGAUGUACGUGGCGGGUUCGGGUUCCGGUCUUGGUCCUGGCUCUGGCCGGAAUCCUUACUCCACUGCUCGACGGAAUCCUAGAAACCCUAGCCCCAGCAGCCGAUCUCCAUUCAACCCGGUGUUCGUGCUCCGCAGACCCGCUGAUCAAGAGGACGGGAGGAACGGUUUUGAAUUGUAUUACAACGAGGGGGGUGGCUCCUCCCUUAGGCCGCUGCCACAGGGGAUGUCGGAAUUUCUACUUGGGUCAGGCUUUGAUCGGCUUCUCGACCAGCUAUCGCGAGUCGAGGUUAAUCCCCUCGGGCAAGUUGAGGAGAUCUCACCUGCCUCUAAGGCCGCGAUUGAAUCAAUGCCCAUUAUUAGAAUCGACGGGGAUCAUGUAGGAACUGAAUUACAUUGCGCUGUGUGCAAGGAAUUGUUUGAAUUGGGGGCAGAGGCGAGGGAAAUGCCGUGUAAGCAUAUGUAUCAUCCAGAGUGCAUACUUCCGUGGCUUUCGACCCAUAAUUCUUGCCCUGUUUGCCGCCAUGAGAUGCCGCUAAAUAACCGGCAGGAAAUGCAGGAACAGAGCAGGGAUGAAAACAGGUCGGAGGAGGACGAGGACGAAUGGCCAGUUGGAUUAACCAUCUGGAGGCUGCCAGGUGGCGGGUUUGCCGUAGGGCGGUUCUCAGGCCGGAGAGGAGGAGGGAGUGGGGAGAGGGAAUUACCAACAGUUUAUACUGAAAUGGACGGCGAGUUUAACAACAAUAACAGUAAUGAGGGGUUGCCAAGGAGAAUAUCCUGGGCUCCGAGGGAGAGCAGAAGAAGGGAGCGCGGGGGGUUGAGAAGGGCGCUGAGGAACUUGUUUGGGUGUUUCAGAGGAUCUCAGGGCUUGGGGUCGAGUUCCAGUUCGACUUCAAGGGUGUCAAGAAAUGGAUCUCCAUUGCCUUUCCGGGCCUCAUCAUCAGCCAGGCAGAGGGCUUGGAGUGUGGAGGCUAGGUCAGGGAGUAGAGAAUGAUGAUUUUGCAGGGUAAAUUUUCAAGGGUCGGAAGUUAGACAUGUUUAGGAGAAGCAUGGAUUAGCAGUAGCUCCUACUCAACAAAGUUUACAUUCGGGAGGGAAUCACUGCUUCAUAGCAAUGAAUUUGCUUUAGCUUUGGCAUAACAAAUUAGGAAUAUGGAGUCCCCCGGAGCUGUCUGAGUAGAAUUAGACGGGAAGUUGGAGACUGUGGGAAAGAGCUGUGAAGAUUUCUCGGUGGGGGUAGUAGCUGCUUUCUUUUGGGGGCAGGGAAGGUAGCGGCUCUUCUAUUUAGUCCCUUCCCAAAUUAAUUGAAGCCCAGUUUCUGGCGUGGCUGUUGCUAUUGAUAUGAUGUACACUUUGUUGCAACUAUAGGAGGUUGUUCUUGCAUUCCGUUGGAACUCGAUUGUAUCGUUGUAUAAAGAAGUGAGAUUUUACCAAUGAAUGGAAACACUGCACAAAAGUUGCAGAUUCUGACAUGA